AUGUGCCACUUUCCCACAACAUUGCUCCCAACCUUAUCUUCAACAAAGGCUUUUCCAAUGGAGUUUCUUCGCGCGACGAUUCAUUUCUUCAGGCAGCUUCCGCGGGUCAAAGAAGAAUCACCAACUUCGACGAGCAACCGCGACGUCCCUCCGACGACCGUUCCGCCAUCUCGCAUCGACAGAGUAUACCUCCAUUUCGACCGAUCACUACGUCCGAUCGGUCUUACUGCAGGGUGUCAGCUGAAGAUGGUGCAACGCGGCUUUGUACUACUUGCAGCAGAUAGCAACAUGGGGCGUCGAAAGACAAAGUGGGUGUUGGUAAACCUCAACGAUGACAUAUGGGCUUCACCAUCCACUGCCGCAUCUCCUACAGCCGAAAUUGAGAAUAACCCGCUCGCCAAAAAAGAGCCCGUCCUUGCGUGGGUCCAAAGAUCGUUCCCAGUACGCUCUGUAACAUCAACACUCGCGAACAACGGGUCAUACACCGACAACGACUCCCGACAUCCAGACCAGAUCGAGUUUCUUCGCCUAGCACUGCACCGCCAUUCACAUCCAACCAAAUCAUGCCUCAAGAUCAAAUCCUCCUCUACUGACUCGACAAUAUUGACAGAGCCCCGCCGUGUCUCGUUCGCUGAAACCGAAUCCACAUGCAUCAUGACCUCGGAGCCAUACACCCCCAGCCCCCGCUCCAGAAAACAAUGGCGGUUUUGUCUCGUCCCAUCCGGCGCACGCUCCAAGCCCCGCGAAACCAACCGGUGUCUGGAGAAACGUCCAGGUCCAGUCAGCGAAGAGGAGAAGUGGCUUGACGAGCGGCCCACCGAUACAAUUUUUACAAGUUUUGAUGAGAGAGCGAGGUCGCCCCAGUGCCAGGAUAAAGAGUAUCAAGAAAAGAAGUGGGCGUGGAAAAGAUAUCGGCGUAUGGUGAGAAAGCGAGAGGACACCCUAUCGGAGCAAGCGAGAAAGGAGCUUGUGGGAUGGUUGGAGGAGUGGGUGCGACGGUAUACUGAUGUGUCCGAGACGAAAGAAAAGUCUAUGGUUGUGUCCGAGGAGAAGGAGGAGCAGGUUUGCAGCUGCCGAACGCCUCCGAGCAGCCCGGACUGGGAUUAG